AAUACUGUUACACAAAUGCUUGUUUAUGUCACGUUCUGACCUUUAUUUUCUGUGUUUUGUGUUUAGUUAGUAUGGUCAGGGCGUGAGUUGGGUGGGCAGUCUAUGUUUGUUUUUCUAUGUUUUGGUUAUUUCUAUGUUUCGGCCUAGUAUGGUUCUCAAUCAGAGGCAGGUGUCAUUAGUUGUCUCUGAUUGAGAAUCAUACUUAGGUGGCCUGGGUUUCACUGUGUGUUUGUGGGUGAUUGUUCCUGUCUCUGUGUGUGCACCAGAUAGGACUGUUUUUGAGUUUUCACAUUUCUUGUUUUUGUUAGUUUGUUCAUGUGUACCUUAAAGAAUUAAAAAGUACCAUGGACAAUUACCACGCCACGUAUUGGUCCUCUGAUCCGUUUCGCCUCUCCUCUUCGGAAGAAGAGGAGGAAAUUCAUUACAGAAUCACCCACCAAAAUCGGACCAAGCGGCGUGGUAAAGGACAGCGACGACAGCAGCAGCAGCAUCAACAACAGAGGCCACCAUCACAGGACUCCUGGACAUGGGAGGAGAUACUGAACGGAGAGGGACCCUGGGCACGGGCUGGGGAAAAUCGCAGCCCCAAAGCAGAGCUGGAGGCAGCGAAAGCUGAGCGGCGGCAAUAUGAGGAGCCAGCACGGCAGUGCGACAGGUACGAGAGGCAGCCCCAAAAUUUUUUUGGGGGGGGGCACACGAGGUGUGGUACUAAGCCAGGUAGCAGACCUGAGCUCACUCCUCGUGUUCAUGAUAAGCAGCGCAUUACUGGUCAGGCACCGUGUUAUGCGGUUAAGCGCACGGUGUCGCCAGUGCGUGUCCAUAGCCCGGUGCGCUAUAGGGCAGCCCCCCGAGAGUGCCAUGCGAGUGUGGGCAUUGAGCCAGGGCGUAUGGUGCCUGCUCAGCGGGUCUGGUCGCCGGUACGCAGUCUUGGUCCAGGUUAUCCUGCGCCGGCUCUGCGUGCUGUGUCUCCGUGGCGCUGGGAGGGUGCAGUGCGUCCUCUGCCUGCGCUCCGCUCGUACCGGGCAACUGUGGGAGUGGAGCCUAGGGGAGAGGUGCGUGUAGUAAGCACUAGAUCUCCCGUGCUUACCCACAGCCCGGUUCAACCUGUGCCUGCACUCUGGAGGGUCCGGGCUAGAGUAGUUGUCCAGCCUGGGGAAGUGGUGCCAAGGUUGCGCACCAGAGCUCCAGUGCUCCCUCACAGCCCGGUCUUUCAGGCUCCUCCUAACACCAAGCCUCCUGAAGGUCUCCCCAGCCUGGUGGUUCCUGUGGCAGCCCCACGCACCAGGCUGUCUCUCAGUCUCCUCCCUGCAGGUGCUCCCGCCUGUCCGGCGCCGCUGCCGGAGCGUCCCACCUGUCCGGCGCCGCUGCCGGAGCGUCCCGCCUGUCCGGCGCCACUGCCGGAGCCUCCCGCCUGUCCGGCGCCGCUGCCGGAGCCUCCCGCCUGUCCGGCGCCACUGCCGGAGCGUCCCGCCUGUCCGGCGCCGCUGCCGGAGCGUCCCGCCUGUCCGGCGCCUCUGCCGGAGCCUCCCGCCUGUCCGGCGCCGCUGCCGGAGCUUACAAGCAGGAAGUACCUGUGACUCGCUUAAUACGGAAGUGAUCAGAUGACGCGGAUGCUACACUACAGGACUGUUUUACUAGCACAGACUGGAAUAUGUUCUGGGAUGCAUGCAAUGGCAUUGAGGAGUAUACCACCUCAGUCACCUGCUUCAUCAAUAAGUUCAUCGACAACUUCGUCCCCACAGUGACCGUACGUACAUAUACCAACCAGAAGCCAUGUAUUACAGGCAACAACCGCAACAAGCUAAAGGCUAGAGCUGCUGCUUUCAAGGAGCUGGACACUAAUCCAGACGCUUAUAAGAAAUCCCGCUAUACCCUUAGACAAACCAUCAAACAGGCAAAGCGUCAAUACAGGACUAAGAUUGAAUCCUACUACACCGGCUCUGAUGCUCGUCGGAUGUGGCAGGGCUCGCAAAACGAAGGUAACCUGGCCAAAUGACUACUGCCCUGUAGCACUUGCGUCGGUAGCCAUGAAGUGCUUUGAAAGGCUGGUCAUGACUCACAUCAACACAAUAAUCCUGGAAACCCUAGACUCACUCCAAUUCGCAUACCGCCCCAACAGAUCCACAGAUGACGCAAUCUCAAUUGCUCUCCAUACUGCCCUUUCACACCUGGACCAAAGGAACACCUAUGUGAGAAUGCUGUUCAUUGACUACAGCUCAGUGUUCAACAGAAUAGUGCCCACAAAGCUCAUCACUAAGCUAAGGACCCUGGGACUAAACAUCUCCCUCUGCAACUGGAUCCUGGACUUCCUGACGGGCCACUCCCAGGUGGUAAGGGUAGGCAACAACAUCUACCAAUAUGAUCUUCAAAACUGGGACCCCUCAGGGGUGUGUGCUUAGUCGCCUCCUGUACUCCCUGUUCAUCCACGACUGAGUGGACAAGCACGACUCCAACACCAUCAUUAAGUUUGCUGAUGACACAACUGUGGUAGGCCUGAUCACCGAUAACGAUGAGACAGCCUAUAGGAAGGAGGUCAAUGACCUGGCAGGGUGGUGCCAGGACAACAACCUCUCCUUCAAUGUAAGCAAGAAAAGAAGUAGACAACAGGAAAAGGAGGACCCCAUUAACAUAGAUGGAGCUGUAGUGGAGCGGGUCGAAAGCUUCAAGUUCCUUGGUGUCCAAAUCACCAACAAACUAUCAUGGUCCAAACACACCAAGACAGUCAUGAAGAUGGCAUGACAACACAUUUUCCCCCUCAGGAGACUGACAAGAUUGCUGCACCAUCGAGAGUAACCUGACUGGUUGCCUCACCGCCUGGCAGAGGUGUGGACUCGAGUCACAUGACACAUAUUGGCAGAUGCGCUGCAGACUGUUUUUAAUAGCAUCAUUUUUAAUAUUUGGGCUUGGGGAGGGUGUCAAGUCAGGUCGAGUCUUAAGGCUCAAGUCCAAGUCAAGUCAUUGGUGUUAAAGUCAAAGUCGAGUUGCAAUUCAUCAUAUUUGUGACUCGAGUCUGACUCGAGUCCAAAUGUCUGGUAACUACUGUCCAAAACUGAACUAAGUAGAUCCAAAUACUUAUUAAGUUCAAGCCCGGUUUCCCAAAAGCCUCUAAAUUAAUUUUAGAAACAUAUGGUUCUAAGAUUAACUUAACCUCAAGAUGCUUUUGGGAAACCGGGCCCAGGCACAUAAUAAUCUGUCUUUCUGCCUAGGAACUUCAAAAUGCAUGUCUCUUCUGCAGAACAAAUGACAGGACCUGUUUUCUAAAGAGGCCCAUUUGUGAUAAAAUGUACAGAAUAUAGUCCAACACAAAGGAUGCAUUGUUGAAAAGGUUUUCAGAAUGUUUAUGCUGCCAAGAUUAUUUUCAUUGCUCAAGUGCUCAGCUUGUUUGAAGUACAUAACUGUUCAUCAAAGGAAAAUGAAAGAGUGUGGUAGAAUGGGGGGAUAAAUAGAUAGAGCAAGUUACUUUCUUUGACAAGCGUCUACCACCAAUCUGUGGCUGACUGCUGUCAGUCCCAGCUAGGCUCCUGUGAAGAACCUGUCUUGUCAAUAGCUGUGUGUGGUUUAAUAGCUGUCUGUGGUCCUCUUCGUCUUUCACAAAAUGUCCUAUAUGGACGUGAGAAGAGACUGACUGACAUCCCUGCAGUUUGCAGUGACUAGUGUGUUUGUGUUGUGCCUACGUAGGGGUAGGUGUGUGUGAGUGUGUGAGUGUUUGUGUUGUGCCUACGUAGGGGUAGGUGUGUGAGAGUGUGUGAGUGUUUGUGUUGUGCCUACGUAGGGGUAGGUGUGUGUGAGUGUUUGUGUUGUGCCUACGUAGGGUUAGGUGUGUGAGAGUGUGUGAGUGUUUGUGUUGUGCCUACGUAGGGGUAGGUGUGUGAGAGUGUGUGAGUGUUUGUGUUGUGCCUACGUAGGGGUAGGUGUGUGUGAGUGUUUGUGUUGUGCCUACGUAGGGGUAGGUGUGUGAGAGUGUGUGAGUGUUUGUGUUGUGCCUACGUAGGGGUAGGUGUGUGUGAGUGUUUGUGUUGUGCCUACGUAGGGGUAGGUGUGUGAGAGUGUGUGAGUGUUUGUGUUGUGCCUACGUAGGGGUAGGUGUGUGAGUGUUUGUGUGUUUUUAGGAGAGAGAUUAUUUAUGUGUUGGCAUAAAUGUGUAUUUUGAGUGUGAUAUGUAUGUGGAUUUACAAACAAACAAGUGUCUAAAUCAGGGGUCAAACUCAUUCCAUGGAGGGCCGAGUGUCUGCAGUUUUUUUCUUUCAAUUAAGACCUAGACGACCUGGUGAGGGGUUCCUUACUAAUUACUGACCUUAAUUCAUCAAACAAGUACAAGGGUGGAGCACAGACAUUUGGAACACCGUGGAAUGACUUUGACACGUGUUCUAGAUUUAGAUAAAUCACCCUUCCGCUGCAGUAUACAGUUUGCAUGUGAAAUGAAAUGAUGCUAUGUUGAAUCACGUUUUCAUUCACUCUGGCUGACAUGUCAUUUGUCCUCACCAAGCCAGAUUAGACAGCACUCUCGCUUUGCAGCUUGUGCUGCAGUUCAUUGACCUUGGUCUCUAAAAAUAAAGAUGUAUCAAGAAUCGAUGAAUUCCAUUUCUUACCUGCGAGCCAUAACUGUAUUUGGCAUCAUCCAAUAAGUGUCCUAGCUCUUCCUCUCCCUCUACAGUUUAUACGACAAAGAGUCCUCUGUUUAUUAUUGUCUUACGUUACAUCUUCUGCUCCCUGUGGAUCGUAAGGCCGCCCGGUGUUUAUCAAAGCUAUUGAAUUUCUCCUGUAAAAGAAGGGCCAUAAACUGAUGAAAGUUGCUGAUGAUGUUGUUGACUAUGGCACCUCUGAGUCACUGCUCUCUCUCUCUCUGUGACCUGAGUGGUGGAAAAGGCUAAAUAGCCAAUCAGAGACAGACAGUGAAAUAGAGAUAAAGGGUGACCUCAGAAAUGAUUACCUUGACCUCCAGUUGACCUUAAUGGAGUGUUCAGAGAGAACUGAGACCUGGAAGGGCAACUGUGAAACACACUGACACUCAAUGGCACUCAAACUUCUAUCAAAGAUCUGUCUUUGGAUGUUAUGCAGUCCAUGCUUUUGUAAUCAAUUAAAUGAAUGAAACAGGUAACACAUUAAAAAAAGUAUAUAUAUGUGUCCCCAAAGUGCUUUGGGAUUUGAUUUCUUAGGUAAUCCUUAUCAGUUAUUUACUUGAAACAAAUAAACAUUUCAAGCUUGGGAUGAUGGUGUUUUAUUUUCUAAAGUCAAAGCGUUUUGUUCCUAUAAGAAUUUUGAAGUGAAUU